UUAAAGUGAGGUUAUGUGAGUAUAGGUUAUAUUUGCACCAUUGUUGUUUUCGUUGUGAAAACCCAAACCAUUCGCAAAAAAAUGGACCCCGAAGAAAACGUCCACCGCCUCGAAGGCAUCAACGACCAAAAAGGCGGCUUAAUAGUGAACAAAAAGCCCCCGACCUUCAAGGUCCCGCAGCCUUCCCUCUUAGGCUUGGAUCGACUCGCCGCGGCCAAACGCAAAGAAAAGGAAGAAGCAGCUCGCAAAAUGUCGUUCUCGAUGGACGACGACGACCACUCCGACGAAGGCGGCAGCAGCACCAGAGAAACCCACUCUUCAGACGGCCGGAAAUUCAGAGCCCCCCACACCGAAACCCCAACUUACACCGGCGGAAUUUCCGAGGAGGCGCGAGAACGGUUGGUGGAGAGACUCAACGCAAAUAAAUACAGAGAGAAGGGGGUUUAUGCGACCACUAAGGAUAAACACAGGAGUAGAGACCCGAGGGACAGGGAGCGAGAUAGGUAUAGGGAUUCUAGAGACAGAGACCGCGACUAUAAAAGAGAUAAGCCGCAUGAAGCGAGUUCGCAUCGGCCGAAGACGCCGCGGUUUAAAGAUGAGCCGAAGACGCCGAAUUUGGGGCACAAGGAUGAUAUUUCGAAGAGUUCGUGGGAUGAUGAUGAUGAGGCGCCGUCGAAAAGGUCGUCGUGGGACUUUCCCACGCCGUCGACUUAUAAAGGUGGGGGCGGGGGUGACUGGUCUGAGAGGAGCACUAAAUCGAAGAAAUAUGAGGAGUCGAAGAGGAGUAAUCGGGAGAGGGAAAGCAAGAGGCGGAAGUAUGAAGAUGAGAGUGCUAGGUUUACACCAGCAUAUAAAUAUAAUUCGUGGGCGAAAGAUAGGAGGAGAAGUGGGGCCACCCCUCUGCCGGGUAGGGAGGGUAUUAAAUGGGAGAAUACAGUCGAUAGAGAGUUAUGGGAAGAGGAACAAAAGAGGAUUGAUAGGGAAUGGUACAACAUGGAUGAGGGUUACGACGAUGGAAACAACCCAUUUUCGAGCGUGAGUGAGGAAUAUACAAAAAAGAAGGAAGAGCAAUUGGAGCAGAGAAAAAAGAAACGUUUAUCAGCGCAACAAAGACAAAUUAAUAAAGAUAAUGAGUUGUGGGAAAGAAACAGAAUGUUAACUUCAGGUGCUGUACAUUCCAUUGAUUUUAGUGAAGAUUAUGACGAAGAAUCUAUUGAUAGGGUACAUUUGUUGGUACACAAUAUUGUACCACCAUUUUUAGAUGGUAGAAUAGUUUUUACCAAACAACCAGAACCAGUAAUUCCUGUUAGAGAUCCUACUUCAGACAUGGCUAUUGUUUCGAGGAAAGGGUCACACUUAGUCAGGGUUUACCGUGAACAAAAAGAAAGAAAAAAGGCGCAGAAAAAACACUGGGAGCUCAGUGGUACCAAAAUUGGUAAUAUUAUGGGAAUAAAGAAAAAAGAAGAUGAAGAGGACAAACGAUUUAACAAAGACGAUGACACCGCUGAUUACAAAACUGACCAGAAAUUCGCAGAACACAUGAAAGCAACUGAAGCCAGUAGCGAUUUUGCCAAAAAGAAAACGAUUUUGGAGCAAAGACGCUAUUUACCGGUAUUUGCAGUGAGGCAAGAACUGUUGAAUGUUAUCAGAGAAAAUUCCGUCGUGAUUAUUGUGGGUGAAACCGGCAGCGGCAAAACCACCCAACUCACCCAAUAUUUACACGAAGAUGGCUACAGCAAGUACGGAAUGAUUGGUUGUACGCAACCGAGAAGAGUGGCUGCAAUGUCGGUGGCGAAACGCGUUAGUGACGAAAUGGGCACACAGUUGGGCGAUGAAGUGGGUUAUGCCAUCCGUUUCGAAGAUUGCACUUCUGAGAACACCGUCAUCAAGUAUAUGACGGACGGUAUCCUCCUCAGGGAGAGCCUCCGGGAGCCGGACUUGGACCACUACAGCGCCAUUAUUAUGGACGAAGCCCACGAGAGGUCGCUGAGUACGGAUGUCCUCUUCGGGCUGCUGAGAGAGAUCGUCGCCAGACGACACGACCUAAAACUAAUCGUCACCUCCGCCACCAUGGACUCCAGCAAAUUCUCCAUGUUCUUCGGCAACGUCCCCACCUUCACCAUCCCCGGACGCACCUUCCCCGUCGAAAUCCUCUUCAGCAAGAACCCGGUCGAGGACUACGUCGACGCCGCCGUCAAGCAAGCCCUGCAAAUCCACCUCCAGCCGCCCUCCGGCGACGUCCUCAUCUUCAUGCCGGGCCAAGAAGACAUCGAGGUGACCUGCGAGGUUUUGGCCGAACGGCUGUCCGAGAUCGAGAACGCCCCCGAGCUGUCGAUUCUUCCGAUUUAUUCGCAGUUGCCGUCGGACUUGCAAGCUAAGAUUUUCCAGAGGUCGCCCGAAGGGAUAAGGAAGUGCGUGGUGGCGACGAACAUAGCCGAAACGUCGUUGACGGUGGAUGGGAUUAUAUUUGUUAUUGAUUCCGGGUAUUGCAAGUUGAAGGUGUAUAAUCCGAGGAUUGGUAUGGAUGCUCUACAGAUUUAUCCUAUAAGUCAAGCCAACGCAAACCAACGAUCGGGCAGAGCUGGACGUACAGGUCCAGGACAGGCUUUUAGAUUGUAUACUGAAAGACAGUAUAAAGAAGAAUUGUUAGUCACUACAGUUCCCGAAAUUCAGAGGACCAACUUGGCAAAUACCGUACUCCUUCUCAAAUCUUUGGGUGUACAAGAUUUGUUACAGUUUCAUUUCAUGGAUCCACCCCCUCAGGAUAAUAUCUUGAAUUCACUGUAUCAACUAUGGAUUUUGGGGGCACUGGACCACACUGGAGUCCUAACCAAAUUAGGCCGUCAAAUGGCCGAAUUUCCUUUGGACCCGCCUCAAUGUCAAAUGUUAAUUGUGUCAAGCCAAAUGGGCUGCACUGCCGAAAUUUUGAUUAUAGUGUCGAUGUUGUCAGUACCUUCUAUUUUCUACCGUCCAAAAGGUCGCGAAGAAGAAGCCGACGGUGUUAGAGAAAAGUUUCAAGUACCUGAAAGCGACCACUUAACAUAUUUAAAUGUAUAUAAUCAGUGGAAACAAAACAAAUAUUCGUCACAUUGGUGCAACGAACAUUUCAUACACAUCAAAGCGAUGAGGAAGGUGCGAGAAGUCAGACAACAGUUGAAAGACAUUCUCGUACAGCAGAAACUGGAAAUAAAGUCGUGUGGAACUGACUGGGAUAUAGUGCGAAAGUGCAUUUGUUCAGCCUAUUUCCACCAAGCCGCCCGACUCAAAGGCAUCGGCGAAUACGUCAACUGCCGUACCGGCAUGCCGUGUCACCUCCACCCCACUUCGGCUCUCUUCGGCCUCGGAAGCACACCCGACUACGUGGUCUACCACGAACUGGUAAUGACAGCCCGCGAGUACAUGCAGUGUGUCACCUCCGUGGACGGCCACUGGUUGGCCGAACUAGGUCCCAUGUUCUUCUCUCUGAAAGAAACGGGCAAAAGCGGACGGGCCAAGAAGAAGCAAGCGGCAGAACAUCUCCAGGAAAUGGAGAACCAGAUGCAGAUGGCUCAGGAGGAGAUGAGGGCUCGGAAAGAGGCGGCCGAGAAGAGAGAAGCUGCCAUGAAUAAAGGACAGGAGAUCGUGUCGGCAGGGGCAACGCCUCGGCGAACUCCGGCCCGGUUCGGGUUGUAGAUAGCAUUCGUGUUAAAAACUUUUGGUUAUCUUAAAUAUAAUGUAUUGUUGUAAUUAGUUUACAAAAUUUCUUCCUGUAUGGUAAUAUAUGCGUCUUCUGUAGGUACUUUUUCAUGCUGUUUGUGAAAAUAUUUUCAUUUUUCGAUUGAUACAUUUUUGGUAAUAGUUUUCCCUUGAAAUAUAUUAAUUUUUUACUGUG